UUUUAUAAGAUUAUUCUUACAAUUUGUUUCAGUCGUCAUUGAAUUUUGAAAAGCAUUCUGAAAACUUUUCAUGGACAGAGAAUCGAUAUGAUGUCAGCCGUCGACGACACAAUUCUUCAGACAGCUUUGAUUCUGGUAUUGGACGUCCUACUGCAGCCAUCGUUAAAUCCUGAAUAUGAGAGAGAGCCAAAUCAGAAUAAGUCUUUAGCUGCAGGUGUAUGGGGCCUACACGCCCAGACACACACAUACCCAACCAAAAAAAUCUCCCAAGCUCCUCUCUUAGAAUAUCCUCCGAAUCCUAAAUCUAGAGCUCCAAGGAUGUUGGUCAUUAAGAAAGGUAAUUCAAAGGAUUUACAGCUUUCUGGAUUCCCAGCAGCAGGAAGUCUUCAGUCACAGCCAGUUAAGAAUGGAACUGGUCCAAGUGUUUAUAAAGGCUUAGUCCCUAAACCUGCUGCUCCACCAACAAAACCUACACAAUGGAAAAGCCAAACUAAAGAGAAUAAAGUUGGAACUUCUUUCCCUCAUGACUCUUCAUAUGGUGUUGGCAACUUCAAUGCUUUUAAAUCAACUGCCAAGAAUUUUAGUUCAUCAGCAAAUUCAGUGAAAGAGUGUAAUCGCUCAAACUCCUCAUCACCUGUUGAUAAACUGAAUCAACAGCCUCGCCUGACCAAAUUGACACGAAUGCGCACUGAUAAGAAGAGUGAAUUUUUGAAAGCAUUGAAAAGGGAUCGAGUUGAGGAGGAGCAUGAAGAUGAAAGCCAUGCUGGCUCAGAGAAGGAUGAAGACUCAUUCAAUUUGCAUAACAGCAAUAGUACUCACCAAGAAAGGGAUAUAAAUCGCAACUUUGAUGAAAAUGAAAUUCCACAAGAAAAUGGAAAUGCUUCAGUUAUUUCCCAACAGAUCAUUCGAUCUUCAACAUUUCCACAAACUGAUGUUCUUUCAAGCUCACUUGAAGCAGAACACAGAUUGUUAAAAGAGAUGGGUUGGCAGGAAGACAGUGAAAAUGAUGAAACAUGCGCUCCCUUAACUGAGGAUGAGAUGAGAGAAUUCCAAGUUAUUAGUGAACAGUUACAGAAGAAUGGUCUGAGAAAAAAUGGUUUCUUGAAAAAUGGCCUCAUCUGUGACUUCAAGUUUGGACCCUGGAAAAACAGCACUUUCAAACCCACGAUUGAAAACGAUGACACAGAGACUAGUAGCAGCGACACAUCGGAUGACGACGAUGUGUGAAGGAUUUCCUAACAGCUUUAGAAAUUUUAGUGUGACACAUCUCUCAUACAGUUUGGGGUGAAUUGUAAAAAUGAAGAACUAUAAUUUAUGUAGUAAAAUACCCCAGUAGAAGAUGAUUUUUGGGGGGACUUCAGUAUGAAGAGAACCAAGAAUGUUGUGUUGAACUGUGUUGAACAUUAUUUCUUUGUAAAUGAAUGUUGUAGAAAUGAGGACUUUGGUUGAUCCAACAUUGACUUUCUUCAUCACUGCAGCAUUUCUCUGACUAGCAAUGUGACGAUGUAACAAAUGAGAUUUUCUCAUUUAAUAAUAAAAAUUGUGUAAUGUUUUGCAAA